AACACGAAAUGCUGGCAUGUUAGCCGCGAGGUCCCCCGUCUCGCUCCACCACCGCAUCGUCGCCGGCGGCCAGCGGAGGCGAUGCGUCGGGGGAAGCGAAAGGAAGUGCGGCCGCACGCAGGGCCGCCACUUCACGCAGGCGCUCGAGAGCCUCUGGAGGCAGAGUCCCCGGAUCUCUCCUCCUGCCGCCGCCGCCGCUACCGGCGGUGAGGUCAAUCCCUUGUGGCAGCCACCAGCACUCGAGAACGCUGCCUUCGAGGAGUACUAUAAGGUGUGUUAUCUUUUUUUAUUUCACAUGGCUUCCUUCUUAUCUAUCGCAUUGGUGCGAUUUGAAGUGAAUCAGGCUGCAGUUUCUGAGUGGCCGCUUGUUGAGAUUGAAAUGAUUUGUUGCUGCAGUAAUGACAAGUGUGUUCAUGUAAUGAACAAACAUUCUGUAUCUUAGAUCUAUGGUUAAUUGAUUUUUUUUAUGUAACAGGAGGGGUUUUACCCCUACUGGUUAUAUAUUGAGUUUACAAGACAGAAAAAAGAAAAUUACAGGAAGCUAUGUAGCCAUUCAAAAUUCUAGGGAAUAUGGUUAAUUGAUUACCACUAUUUACUCUUGCGAGUUUAAUCUUCAAAUUUAGUCAUGAUGCUGUGUAGAAAAGGACUUGGUUUCAGGAUCUUGUUCAUCUGGAUGUGUGUGCGAUUGCACUUGCAUGUUUGGGUAAUUGGUUGGGCAGGUUCAGCAAAUUGUCCGCAAGGAGGAGUGGGAUGUGUUCAUGAGUUUCUUACGGAAACCAUUACCAGCAACUUUUAGGAUCAACGCCAGUUGCCAGUUCUAUAAAGAUAUCUGCUCAAAGUUGGAAAAUGACUUUAGGCAAUCUUUGGAGAGUGAGCAAUGAGUAUGGAGAAGAUGCUAUCAGGCCCUUGCCUUGGUAUCCAGGCAAUCUUGCAUGGCAUCUGAAUUUCUCUCGGAAAGAACUGAGGAAAAAUCUGGCACUCGAGAGUUUUCAUGAGUUUCUAAAGCAUGAGAGUGAGGUUGGUAACAUAACUAGGCAAGAGGCUGUUAGCAUGGUUCCACCAUUGUUUCUGAAUGUACAACCUGAUCACCAUAUUCUUGAUAUGUGUGCUGCUCCAGGCUCUAAAACUUUUCAGUUACUUGAAAUGAUUCACCAAUCAAAAGAACCAGGGCUACUUCCAGGAGCGUUGGUGAUGGCCAACGAUCUCAAUGUGCAAAGAUGCGACCUCCUUAUCCAUAAUACAAAGAGAAUGUGUACUGCCAACCUAAUAGUAACAAACCAUGAAGCACAAAACUUUCCCAAUUGUUCUCUUGCAAAGGAUUAUUCAGAAGCUUAUAAGGACAACUGCAAAUCACAAAGGUUAGAAUUCGACCGCGUACUUUGUGAUGUUCCCUGUAGUGGUGAUGGGACAAUUCGCAAGGGUCAUGAUAUGUGGAGGAAGUGGAACUCAGGCAUGGGGAACCAACUUCAUCUUCUGCAAGUAAAUAUUGCUAUGCGUGGUAUUGCAUUACUUAAAGUGGGUGGAAGGAUGGUCUAUUCAACCUGUUCAAUGAAUCCUGUUGAAAAUGAAGCUGUCAUAGCUGAGCUCCUUCGAAGAAAUGGAAAGUCUGUUGAACUACUUGAUGUUUCUAGUGAGCUGCCUGAAUUGGUCCGGCGUCCUGGGCUUAGCACUUGGAAGGUACAAGAUCGAGGAUCUUGGUUUCAGACUCAUGAUGAUGUUCCACAUGAUAGGAAGAAUGUAGUAUUGCCGAGCAUGUUUCCUUCAAGUAAUAUCACUGAGGAAAGCCAUGCUGUAUGUGGUUAUGUUGAAAUAAAUACAGAUAAUAGGGGCAGCUUCUCAAGAAAUUGCGACAUCGAAGAAACAAGCAACAUUAAUCAUGAUAUGGAUGGAGUUUCUACCGAUCCCACUAGGAAUCUAGAUUGCACAUCUAACAUUGUGAAUUCAAAAUUUCCACUGCAUCGGUGCAUGAGGAUUGUUCCUCAUGACCAAAACAGCGGGGCAUUUUUCAUCGCCGUUCUUCAUAAAUUGUCUCCCUUGAAUGGCAGUCAGAUACAGGGCACUAAGGUUCAGCACACACUUGGGAAAGGCAGGAUCAAGCAACUUCACAAAGAACCUGAGCCAGAAACAAGACCAUGUGAAACUAUUUUGACAUGUCAACAGAACAAUGUUCUUGAAGUUGAUGAUGCUGAACUGCUGGGUAGGCGACAGAAUUUAAGCGGGGACAACCAAACUUCAAAGGAUAAGAACUCAACUGAAGUUGAAAUGGUUUUCAAUGAUGUAAAAAGUGGUCGAGAAGAAUCAGGAGACAUAAUGAAGUUGCAAAAACAGAGCAGGCGGAAAGGGGUUGAUCCUGUGUUAUUUUUUAAAGAUGAACUGGUGAUAAAGAGUAUAAAAUCCUUCUUUGGCAUCAAGGAAUCAUUCCCACUCGAAGGCCAUCUGGUGACUAGAAGCACUGAUAAUGCCAGGAGAAUGUAUUACAUAUCAAAAUCAGUUAAAGAAAUCGUGGAGCUGAAUGAAGAAGUUGGUGAGCAGCUUAAGAUUGCUUCGCUUGGCGUAAAGAUGUUUGAAAGGCAUAGAUCAAAGGAUGGCUGUUCAUGUGCAUAUAGGUUGUCUUAUGAGGGUUUAUCACUACUUCUCCCAUACAUCAGCACGCGGAUAUUAUAUGCAUCUCCACUGGAUUUCCACCGCCUAUUACAAUACAGAACCAUCAACUUUGCUCAUUUUGUCGACUCCAGAUUUGGGGAGGAAGCUGCAUCCAUGAUGCCCGGUUGCUGUGUUGUUGUGUUACUUGAAGCUUUUAAAAAUAUUUCAGGGCAUGAGAAUGCAGAUUCUAUUUUGAAGGAUCCCACCACAAUUGCUAUCGUUUGCUGGAGAGGGAAGGGGACAAUGAAUGUCAUGGUUUCUCCACCGGAUAGGACGGAUCUGCUGGAAAGAAUGGCAUAUCGCUUUGGGAUUAAAGCCUCUGCAGUGGAAGAUGAGAAGUUGCUAUCACAAGGUUAAUGGAUUUGACCAGGGAAGAUGGUAGCAUCAUGAGAAUCUGAGAUCGAUAAUCAAGAACCUCUAGCUAGAAGUGAAAUAUCAUAUCCGGAGCUUCUGCAGCAUAGGGUGUCCGAGUAAAUAGAGGUGACGCGGUAACUUAGGGUGUGUUUGGUUGGUUGUAUCAUUUGAUUCAUGUAUGAAAUGAUUCAAAAUAAUAAUGAUCAUUUUGUUUGGUUGGGUGAAUUGGACCAACUCAU